AUCAAUAUGAAAGACAACAGAUAUGCUAAAUAUGUUGAAAGUCACAUUUCGGCCAGUGACAUGAGGGCUUUCGUUUUUGAGAGUCAAGAAGAUAUGGAAACGUUUCUUGCGGAGAUACGCGAUCAUCAGAGACUAAGAGUGAAUGCUGUAUGUGCACCUGCUGAAUCAUGUGCUGAAAGCUUACCUUCAAGACCUAUUGAAGCACUACAACAGUAUGGAUUUUUCUCAUAUUUACGAGAGUUAUUUGAUGCUCCUCGUCCUGUGAUGAGUUACCUUUGCUCCCAGUACCGUGUUCAUGAUGUCCCUGUGGGAACAGAGAAGACCAGAGGCAUGAUUGAAAGGGUCAUAGAAGAAACCAAACUUAGGCAAAUAUACACAGCAGAAGAAAAAUAUGUUGUUAAAGUAUCUGCUUAUACAAACCUGACCCUUUCUACUAACACAGCCCUGAGGGUGCCACAGUUUCUCACUAGUUCAGUGGAUACAGAUGAAAGAAGACAGUUGGAAAACCAGCAGCAGGAUAUCAAUAACAUGUUAAAGUCACUGGAUAUGCGUUUGACUGUGUUGUUUGAGAGACAGAAGCACCUGGAAAGUAGGGACAACUUCCUCAGGCAACAGAAGAAGGAGCUUUUAGAGAGAGGGAACAGGAGGAGACAAUUGGAGUCAAAAAUCAGUGUGAAGCGUGAUAGUUUAAGACAACUGGAACAAGAUGCUGUUGACCUAGAGAAAGAAUCUCAACAGGCAAAUGUAAAGAUCAAAGAAAUAAACAUCCAGAAAGCAAGACUUGUUGCUGAAUUAAUGCAUCUCAUAAAGAAUUGCAUAUCACAGAACAUCCUCAAAGCUGAUUUGGUUCUUCAGAGCACUACAGCGGCUGCUGAGAAGAACAAACUAGAGUCAGAGUAUAAAGCAGCAAGUGUACAGCUAACAGCUGCAGAGCAACAAUUUCAUGAACUGGGUGAUAGGAAGCGAGUUCUUACAGAGAACUGCAAGGAAUUGCUGCAAAAAGCUCGACAGAUCUGCAAACUGAGUCCAGAUCAACAGCUUCCAAAAGAAUUUCAAACUGCUUUUCAGUCUCUUCCGACCACGUUGGAGGAAAUUGAUGCAUUUUUGAAUGAAGAGAAAACCAGGGUCUCCUGUUUCACAGGCCUGAAUGCUUUGGUUGUUGAAGAAUACAUUAAGCAGACCCAAGAAAUACAGCAGUUGACAGAAUAUCUAGAGGAAAAGAAAAAGGAACUGGAUAACUAUAAGCAAAACAUUUCACAGGUCAAAGAAAGAUGGCUAAACCCCUUGAAAAGGCUGAUUGAGCAAAUUAAUGAGAAGUUCAGUAGCUUCUUUGGUUCUAUGCAGUGUGUUGGUGAAGUCGAUCCUCAUGUGGAAAAUGAGGAGGAGUACGAUAAGUACGGGAUUCGCAUUAGAGUAAAAUUCCACAGUAGCACUGAACUUCAUGAAUUGACUCCAUAUCAUCAGAGUGGAGGUGAGAAAAGUGUUUCCACUAUGUUGUACCUGAUGGCUCUACAGGAACUCAACAGAUGUCCUUUCAGGGUUGUAGAUGAAAUAAAUCAGGGAAUGGAUCCAGUGAAUGAGAGAAGAGUUUUUGAAAUGGUCGUGAAAACUGCUUGUAGAGAAAGCACAUCUCAGUACUUCUUUAUUACACCAAAGCUCCUGCAGAAUCUCACGUACAAUGACAAGAUGACAGUGUUGUUGGUCUACAACGGACCUUGUAUGUUGGAGGCAAACAAAUGGAACUUAAAGGCUUUCUGUAGACGGCGGCGGCGACUUGGAAGGAUGGAACAGUGA